GAUGGUGUUCCCAGGGAAAGGUUCCAACUUCGGGGGUUGCUGACAAAGCUCCCUCCUCCCGACCGCGUACUCCGACGCGGAGCCCCAGGGCCAGUCCAGAUCUGCUCGGGACGCCGCGCCCGGCUGCUUUGGGUUCGUUGUGGGUGUGUGGCCCAGCGGCAGUCAGGAAGUUAAAAAUAGCCCUCCGCGGGAGACCUGGGGAGGAAGAAAGAGAAAGCCCGCGAGUGGCUGGUGAGAUAUCCCAGCUCGGGAGAAUGGGCGCCUGGCGGGGUCCGGGACUUCGAAUUCCGGGUGGGCGUGCGAAGGAGUCACGGCAUCCUGGCUUCGAGCAGCGAGGACAGGUCUGCCGGUAGCGCUGGGGGCUGCGAAAUCGCGGUGUCCAGGCGCAGUCUAGGGUCUUCCCAGAGCUCAAGAUCACACGCGCCCGGUGCCUACUCAAACUCUGGGCACCCAGGCGUAUUCGCGCGGGGCUUGCACCUCGGCUUGUGCGGCGAGCUCACCUUCGCGCGCCGGGGACGCUGUGCUCCUCCAGUCCCUCGGCGGCGCCACCUACUAUGAGCGGCGGGAGCGCGCAUCCGCAUCCCAAGACUCUGUCGAGAACCUGCGUGUGGCGGUGGGCGCGGACCGUGCUGGGGGUGGCGUGGUGAGGCCAGGGUCAGGGCCCGGGUCCACAUCGACCCCCAGUUCCACCUCCGCUAGCUGAAGCAACGAGGGGCGUGGUUAGGCCGGCGUCCAAACAGAGAGCCCUCCCCACGCCGCGGCGCCUCGCAGUGAAGUUGAGCGAAAAGUUUGAGGCCAGAGGCAGCGAGACCCGGGAGUCUGUGCCAGCCCGGCGCUUCAGUUGUCACUCAGAUGCGGGGCUGAGCCUGGAACGAGCCUCGUUCCGCCCCCAGGCCACUAUAGGGAACGGCGUUUUCGCCUUGCCAGCAAACCAGACCGACUGGGUAGGGCCGCCCGCCCUGCCCUCCCGUGGCUGGUGGCUCCUGGGCGGCCCGCCCUCGCGGGGCCCUGGGGAACUGGGCCACGCACCGCGAGGUCCUGUGCCCACUUGCGCUCCGGCAGAGCAGGCGGCAACUGUUGGCUCAGCUCCGGCUCGGCUCUCGCGCUACGAACGCUGCUCCCACCAACGCAGCGAGCAUCCAGGCGGAGCAGGGUUCUUGGAGGUGUGCCACGGCCCCAGCUUCUCUGAAACUCGGGGCCGGGGACGCGAGGACCGGGCUGUCUGGGACUGGGAUCUUCGCUCCAUACUUUGUGCCUCGCGAUGUCCGCUCAAGUUCUGGGAUUUUUGCGCAACUGGACUCCCCUCUCCCUGGCAGCCGGACAGGAUCUGGCCGCUGCAGGGAAUGACGCGGUUGCCCCCACAGCCCCGGCUCCGGGCGGGGAGGGCGAGCCCCACAGCCAACCUCGCGACGCCCUCCUGGGCAGCACCGAUAAGGAGCUGAAAGCUCGAGCCGCGGUCACCGAGGGCAGCGCCGCAACAACGCUGGGGACCCCCUGGCAGCGGGAGCCGCAGGUCGAGGCUAUGGAUCCAGCGAGUGGCCCCCGGAGCCUGCUCCCCCGGCCUUGCCGUGUGUUGGUGCUGCUGAACCCGCGCGGCGGCAAGGGCAAGGCCCUGCAGCUCUUCCAGAGCCUCGUGCAGCCCCUUCUUGCCGAGGCCGAAGUCUCCUUCACUCUGAUGCUCACUGAAAGGAGGAACCACGCACGGGAACUGGUGCGGGCGGAGGAGCUGGGCCGCUGGGAUGCUCUGGUGGUCAUGUCUGGGGAUGGGCUGAUGCAUGAGGUGGUGAAUGGACUCAUGGAGCGCCCAGACUGGGAGACGGCCAUCCAGAAACCCUUGUGUAGCCUCCCAGCAGGCUCUGGCAACGCUCUGGCAGCUUCCUUGAACCACUAUGCUGGCUAUGAGCAGGUGACUAAUGAGGACCUCCUGACCAACUGCACGCAGCUGCUGUGCCAACGGCUCCUGUCACCCAUGAACCUGCUGUCUUUGCACACGGCCUCGGGGCUGCGCCUCUUCUCUGUGCUCAGCCUGGCCUGGGGCUUCAUUGCUGAUGUGGACCUGGAAAGUGAGAAGUAUCGGCGCUUGGGGGAGAUGCGCUUCACUCUGGGGACCUUCCUGCGCCUAGCAGCCCUGCGCACCUACCGGGGGCAACUGGCCUAUCUCCCCGCAGGAAGUGCUGUUUCUAAGAUGCCCACCUCCCCUGCUCUAAUGCAGCAGGGCCCUGUGGACGCACACCUUGUUCCCCUGGAGGAGCCAGUGCCCUCUCACUGGACCGUGGUGCCCCAUCAGGACUUUGUACUGGUGCUGGCGCUGCUGCACACCCACCUGGGCAGUGAGAUGUUUGCUGCACCCAUGGGCCGCUGUGCAGCUGGUGUCAUGCAUCUGUUCUACGUGAGAGCAGGGGUGUCCAGGACCAUGCUGCUGCGCCUCUUCCUGGCCAUGGAGAAGGGCAAGCACAUGGAGUAUGACUGUCCCUACUUGGUACAUGUGCCUGUGGUUGCCUUCCGCCUGGAGCCUAAGGAUGGGAGGGGUGUGUUUGCUGUGGAUGGGGAGUUGAUGGUCAGUGAGGCUGUGCAGGGCCAAGUGCACCCAGACUACUUCUGGAUGGUCAGUGGUGGCUGCAGGGGUCCCCCACCCAGCCAGGAACCCCAGCAGAUGCCACCUCCAGAAGAGCCUUUAUGACCCCACGGGCUUGCUGUGCCUUUGUCUGCUGCGUGUAGGCUGAGCUUGGGACCCUGUCCUUCCCCCAGGACAGGGGACCUCUCCACAGCUUCUGGGGGUGAUGGGGCCUCCUCUGGAAAAGGGUAGGAAGGUGGUAGAGGCUAGGCUUUGGGAAGUUCAGGCUCUACCCACCACAGAACAAGGCCAUAGGCAGGAGCCCUGCUGGGUGGGCCAGGUGUCUGUGAAAGGUAUUUCUGUUUAUUCUGGAAGCCCUGUCCCAUGAAUCAAAUUCAAAUAAAAGUGACAUUCUUA